AUGGCGGGUGGCGUUGUCAUGCUGGAGGGUCAUGUCAGGAUGAGCAGUAUGGCGGGUGGCAUCGUCAUGCUGGAGGGUCAUGUCAGGAUGAGCAGUAUGGCGGGUGGCAUCGUCAUGCUGGAGGGUCGUACUCUCCUAGAGAAGUUGUUCCUACAACAGGAAGAUGCCCAGCCAGAGGAAGCUGAGAAGCUGUGUUCUCGGAUUCUGGCCAUGGGUCUGUUACUACCCUUCACUGACUGCUUCAGAGACACAAUAGGAGGGUCCAACCCACAACUCGCUGCGCCAUGCAAGUUCCACCAAGACCAGCUGUACACGUGGGCAGCGGUCAGCCAGCCCCCCCACUCCAGGGAACACUUCGAGGGCCGGGCCCCCCUCCCUGGGCACCUGAAGACCCUGUGGCCCCCACCCAGACCUGUGGGAGACGAUAGACCAGGCCUCAUGUACACCGAGGAGGAACACCAGGCAGCCAUCUUGGGGCUGAAGAGACAUCAGAGGGAAGAAGUCAGCCAACUUCAGGAGGAGUCGGUGCUGAAAACAGUGAAGCUGAAAGAGGAGCACGUCAAUGUGAUCCAGCAGUUAGAACAGACCAUUGAGGACCUGCGGACUAAGAUAGCUGAGCUGGAGGAACAGCACCCCCUGCUGGACAGAGAUAUUAUUAGCAUUAAGGAGCCGGAGGCCGGUGUGGAGGGGGAUCGUUACCGGGAGGUCUGUCAUGUAGACCUACAGACUGAGGAGAGGAUAGUGAAGGAGGUCUGUCAUGUAGAUCUACAGACUGAGGAGAGGAUGGUGAAGGAGGUCUGUCAUGUAGAUCUACAGACUGAGGAGAGGAUAGUGAAGGAGGUCUGUCAUGUAGAUCUACAGACUGAGGAGAGGAUGGUGAAGGAGGUCUGUCAUGUAGAUCUACAGACUGAGGAGAGGAUGGUGAAGGAGGUCUGUCAUGUAGACCAACAGACUGACUGUCUCCUGAGUUGUCUGGAGGCCAAGUCUGUCCAGACGUCACCUAUGGAGGAAAGCUAUAAGUUUAAAGUGCCUUUACCGGACCAGAUGCCACCCUUGUUUGUGAAUGAGGCUGGAGGAGAGUCCUUUGUCUUCCUCCUGUCCCCUGAAACUCCCCCAGAACUGGCCCUGUCUCUACCCAUACCCUUCUCCCCUAAGGUCGCACCAGCAUUUGUCUGUACGUGCCAACAGCAGCCGAGUGGCAUUAAACCCCCCCCCACCUCCACCUCCUUUACCUGGUCACUCCAUGGCUCCUCCUCCUCCACCUCCUCUACCAGGGGUGCAAUGCCCCCACCACCAGCUCCACCUCCUCUACCAGGGGGGGGUGCAAUGCCCCCACCACCUCCUCCUCUACCAGGGGGUGCAAUGCCCCCACCACCUCCUCCACCUCCUCUACCAGGGAGUGCAAUGCCCCCACCACCUCCUCCACCUCCUCUACCAGGGGGUGCAAUGCCCCCACCACCUCCUCCACCUCCUCUACCAGGGGGUGCAAUGCCCCCACCACCUCCUCCACCUCCUCUACCAGGGGGUGCAAUGCCCCCACCACCCCCUCCCUUACCUGGGAUGAUAGGGAUGGGCCCUCCCCCACCCCCUCCACCAUUACCUGGGAUGGGAGGACCUCCUCCUCCUCCUCCUCCUGGCUGUGGCCCUCCUCCAUGUGCCCUGGGCUCCCUGGUCCCUCCGUUGCCCAUGGGACUGUAUGCUCUAGGCAUGGCCCAGGAGAAACCUCCCCGGAAAGGAGUGGUGGAGCCCCCCAGACCCAUGAAACCUCUCUACUGGACCAGGAUCCAGCUCAACUCAGCUCAACACAAAAAAGAGGUGAGCACGUCGCUGGUCUGGGACAAGAUACAGGAGCCUGAUGUGAACUUUGAGGAGUUCGUAGAGCUGUUCUCCAAGACUGCUGUGAAGGAGAAGAAGAAACCCCUGUCAGAUACCAUCACCAAGUCUAAAGCCAAACAGGUGAGAUCAGAUACCCUCCCCUAUUUACCCCUGUCAGGUUCCAGUCCUGUCCUAUCGUCCUGUCCUGUCCCAGUGCCCCCUGUCCUAUUGUCCAGUCCUAUCCUCCUGUCUAAUUGUCCAAUCACCCUCAUGUUUAUGUAG